GCCUCGGCCUGUAUCCAUCUCAUACUCACUACCUGUGUCCAAUCUCUGUUUUCGUGGACAUGGGGUUUUCCCAUCCUGCUGACGGAACACUCUGUUCUCAUGGCUGUCUUUGAGAGUUGAAAACGUCAAUUGUUUGUGUUCAGGCACCGCUUCACUGGGGCAGGAUAACAUCGGAAGUGAGAGCUCUGUCGGAAUACUGGAUGUUCGGGAGUCUAUUUUCGUGUGUGUGUUAAUUUGUUCAUCAACCAAGGUGCCAUGAGGGUGGAGUUUAAUUGUGCUGUGGUUAAAUUACCUUUUACAGAUUUAGCAAACUCAGCAAAUCUGUUGCAAGUCUGUGAUAAAGGUGAAAUAUAUCAUGGAGUUGACAAUGUUUACAAGUUUAAUUCCCUAAUUUCAAUCUGCCAUGUCCAUGAGCAGCUCUGAGAGCAGACACAGUACCAUGAGCACCACGUUCCUCUGAUCUCCUGUCCUACCAGGAUGCCCUUGAGAACGUCCUCACCUGGCUGCUGGAGGCAGAGGAGGUCAUCGAGAAACAAGCCUCCAUUGGACACCUCGUCUACAGUGUCAAGAAACAGUUUAAUGAACAUGAGGAGUUUAUGCUGGAACUGACCAAGCACCAGGACAGUAUUGGGAAUGUCCUGAAGGAAGGAAAUGACCUCAUUGCAGAGGGCAAGGUCACGGAAGAGGAGGAGAAUGAAAUCCGUGUUCAGAUGGGAUUACUUAACAAUCGGUGGGAAGACCUCCGUCUCAAGGCCCUUGACAGACAGAGCAGACUGCAGCAGGUGUUGAUGGACCUUCAGCAGCAGCAGCUGGAUGAGCUGGCCAGUUGGCUGGGUCAGAUGGAGGAACGCAUCAACCAGCAGGAGCCCCUGGGAUCCGAUCUCGACUCCAUAAAGCGACAAGUCAGUGAACACAAGCGGAUCCAGGAAUCCCUGGAGAAGCAGCAAAAGAGAGUGGACAGUCUGCAGAACAUGGUGGUGGUAGUAGACGACACAAACACAGAGAGUGUGUGUGAAGCCAUGGAGAAGCAGCUGGAGUCACUCGGGAAGCGAUGGGCAACAAUUGGACGAUGGACAGAAAAGAAGUGGAUGAUUUUACAGGAACUGCUCCUAAAGUGGCAGCACUUCAAUGAGGAACAAAACCAAUUUGCUGAUUGGCUAGCAGAUAAGGAACAAGUGUUAGGAAGAAUGCGAUUGGCUGACCUGACUGUAGCUGAAGAAGUGAUAGCCCAAGUCAGACAGUUGAAGGCAAUUGAGAGAGACAUGGUGGAACAGGUCCAGAGGUUUGACGAGCUGAACGACUGUGGUCAGCAGAUCGUCCAGCAUGUCGACAAUCAGGUGGCUGUUGAUCGCAUCAGCUCACAGCUGGAGCAGUUCCAGGAAAGGUGGGAGCGACUUGUCCAGCAAAUGGAGUACCAGAGUAAAGAGAUUGCAAACUCAGGGGUAGAACUGGGAAAGAUAUCUGAGGAGAUGAUUUCGGAAGUUUCGGAAGAAGCAAGACUUCGAUCCCCUUCAGCCUCGUCAGCUAAGAAGCGUCGUGUUGAGUCAGCCAAUCAGGUGCAAUUUGACCAGGAUCUUAUGACACUAUACGAUUGGUUUGACAAAACAGAAACGACACUGGAGCUUCUCGUCUCGGAAUCCAAUAGUCCGCAAGAACAGUUCACAGAAGAAGAACAGUUGGUGCUAACACAGGACAUGGAGAGUGAGGUGAAAGCUCACACACACGAUGUGUUCAACCUGUUGAGGCUUGGUAAAACCGUCACAACUGAACUGAAAAUUGCUGAUGAGCCCAACAAACACAUCGUGAAGGCCACGAGACAGGUGGAGGAGAGAUGGGACCACAUCAACAGGAAACUGUCAGAAACACAGAACAGGGUGGAUCUCAACAUGGAGACCAAGAAGUUCUACAGCGAGCUGGCCACGCUGCAGGAACUGAUGGCCAGCUAUGAGAAGUGGGUGACCACUGCAGAGAGGAUUGCUGACGAGGCCAUGGACAUCAGCCAGCAGCUGGACCAGUGCAAGCUGAAGUUGAAGUCCAUCAAGUCCCACGAGGAUCGAGUCAGCAGGUUGAGAAAACAUGGCGAGAGUCUAAUGAAACUCAACAAAACCAACAACCAGAUACAGGAAGAUCUCAAUGUCUUCAAUUCAAAGUGGCAGACAACUUUCGAUAAUAUUGGGGAGAGGCAGAGGUUGUUAGCGGAGGCAAUGGAGCGAGCUCCGUCCAAGUCAUACAUGGCAGCCAUCGGCGCACUCUCCAAGUGGGUGAGUGAUAUGGAGGCUAUACUGCAGACUGAGAAGAUCUCGCUGGCUGGGAGUCUUGAAAUAAUGGAGGAACAACAACUGCAAUACCGGGAACUGCAGGACGAUCUCCAGGACCACCAAGCCAGUUUGGACUACGUCAACAGGACUGGGCAGGAGCUCAUUGACAAGAAGUCCUCUGAUGAAGAUGUAGGGGAUCUCCAGAAUGACCUUAAGAAUCUGAAUGGCCGAUGGUCAGAUGUGUCUACAGCCAUUACAGACAGACUGGGGAAACUGGACCGGACUAUUGGCCACAUGAAACAGUAUCAGAAUCAGCUGGUUGGGCUGACACGAUGGAUGGAUGAAAUGGAUGUGUUCCUCCAUGCAGAGGACCCAGUCAGUGGUGACAUCCCCACCCUUGAAGCACAGCUCCAUGAGAGUAACGGAGUUCUGGAUGAUAUUAAGACCCUCCGUCAGAACGUCACCAACAUCAGCAGCUUGAGCAAGUCCUUGUCUGCGGAGGGUGAUGACAAGUUCCAGGAGAGUCUGGACAAUGAGGUAGUGAGCUUGAACAGUAAGUGGGAGCGAGUUGUCCAAAUGGCCGAGGAACAAAACGAGCGCCUGAAGAAACUCCUGUGUGACAGUCAGGGUGUGUACGACAAGAUAGACAACAUCACUAAGUGGCUGGAACCACUCAAGGUCAACCUGGCUAAUAAGGAUUACUCAGUGGAAAAUGCAAAUGAUCUGCUUGUGAAGAACAAAAAAUUCAAGAGUCUGAAGAAGGAUGUGAGUGGGAGAGAGUCUGAAGUGGAUGCACUCAACGAAGAAGCUAACGAAAUGUUGAACAAAGCUCCAUCAGGGACACUGCAGGAGUUGGCGCGGUCGCUGAUGAAGAUGAAUGCGUUAUGGACCGAUGUGUUCCAGAGGGUGGACAGAUACCACUCUCUGUAUGACAGCUCUGAUGUUCAGUGGAAGGAGCUGAAAGACCUUCUGGAUUUGGAGAGGCGGUUUCUGCAGAAUCUGGAAAGGAAAGUCCGUCGAACUUCAGCUACCAGUUCAGAUGCUGAGGAGAUUUCAGAAGAACUAGAUGAUGUGGAGACCCUUCUCAGGGACCACAAUGACAACAACAGGAAGCGUGUGAACGAGCUGGCCGGGGAACUGAUCACUAACUCCGUCAUGGUGGACAUUGUGAAGAAGGAGCUGGAGGAGUACAACAGGAAGUACAGCUCCCUGGAGGCAGAGGCCAAAGAAAAGGUGAACCGUCUGGAGCGGUCAAUCCACCAGGCCCAGAAGAUCGAGCGUCAAAUGCUGGAAAUGUCACAGUGGAUGUCGGACAUCACCCAGUACCUACAGUCUCGUCUGGAUGCAGACAUGGUUGCUGGCGACGUUCCUCAGGAACAUGAGUCUCUGAAGGAGGAGUUCCAGCAGCAGGAGGAUCUCCUGCGGGAGCUGGAGAAGCAUGUCCUGGAGUACCGCCAGCAGGGCAAGAUGGAGGCCAGUGCCAGGCUGGAGCAACAGACGCAGCUUCUGAAGAAACACUUUGCUGAGGUGAUGGUGAAGUUCCGCAAGUUCCAGCGCCCAGCAGACUUUGAGCCAAAACUGAGUCAUGUGAAGAGGGAGCUGGACAACAUCCAGGACAGAUCUCACCUCCUGGAAGUCCCUGGGGAGGAUAUCGAGAUGCUGCAGUCUAGGCAUGACACCUGCAUGAAAUUUUACAAGACAAUGAGUGAGCUAAAGCCAGAGGUGGAGUAUGUGAUCAAGGCAGGUCGUCAUGUGGUAGAGAAGAAACAGGUAGACUUCCCUGACAAGCUCAAUAAGCAGUUGGAUGCCAUUAAACAACAAUAUAAUGACCUGGGGGCACAGGUGACAUUGGGGAAAACUAAUCUUGAGAAAGCUCUAAAACUGUCGAAGAAGCUACGGAAAGAAAUGAGUGCAGUCAGCGAGUUUGUGUCAGCAACGAAUCAUGACCUUGACCGAAGGGAGUUAAACACAACCGUCUACAAUGUAGAAGAGGAGGUCAACCAUGUCAGGCUGGCUGAAGAUGACCUGGCCAAAAGACAGGCACUAGUGCCGCUCAAUCAAGGAACUCAUUCACCAGCUCCAGGACCUGGCUGAAGAAGGGGAGGUAAUCGAGGUAGCUGAAACAGUGUCUAACAUGGAGAAGUCGGUAGAGGACCUGUCUACCAGGCUGUCAGCACGGAAACAGAAAUUGCAAGAUGAGAGCAGCAAGAUCGAUGGUCAGUUCAUCGACUUCCAGACACAGAUACUCAAGGUCAAGGACUGGCUGGGUGGUGCAGAGGUUAUCCUGGGAUCACAUGACAAGUUGCCGGACCAGCAGAAGUCGACACUAGUACA